AUGGGACCCAAAUCGAAACCCAAGAUCAACGAUGCUCCAGGCAGACUCUUACAUAAUUGGCAAAAGGAACCUCACUGGUUUGUCAGUUUGCCUGCAGCUGUCCCCUCGCUUAAUGCGCUUGACCAAAUGUUUUUUCGAUGGUGCCGUUCCUCACCAAUUAUCUACCUACUUACCCCACUACUCAACUACUACAUGUCUACAAAAGAUUGCCUUUCAUAUAAAACCGUCUAUUCACUAUAUAAGCCUCUUUCCGUAAAGAGAUACCACGUGAAAACCAGAGUAUUAUUUAUUUUAUGUCUAUUAUACAUCAUGCAAAACCUGCCGCCACCAAGAAUGAAAUUCAUCCAUGCAAAAAAAGUUCAAAAAAUCUAA